AGCUCUAUUGCAUUGGAAGCACCAAAUUGUAAAACUACUAAAAGAAAAAAUCAAUACACUCGUUACAACCGUCGUCUCUCUUCUCUUCUUUUUUCUUUUGGCUGCUGCUGUUAUCGCUCGAUUCAUCCGCUUGUCGUGACUCCCACUCACCUCACGAGGUGAACGUUGUGGAACGGAGAAGACGUACACAGGCACCGGCACGUACUUCGCUGGUUUGCUUUCUUUAUUCAUUUUCUUUGUCUUCAUCCUAGUAAUGCCGCGGCGUAAGAUCAUCAUCGACACGGACUGCGGCGGCGAUGACGCCAUCGGCAUCAUGGCAGCGCUGGCUGACCCGAACACGGACAUCAUCGCCAUCACCGCCGUCUGGGGCAACGUGAAGCCGGACCAGGGGAUGGAGAACCUGGGCAAGAUACUCGACGUGUUUGAGCGCGACAUCCCCUUCUUCAAAGGCGCGGAGGCACCCCUCGUGGUGGACUGCGAGACGGUGCAGUGGGGAGGCUUCGGCAAGGACGGCUUCGGCGACGCGGACUUCCCGCCCUCCACUCGCGUGGCGCAGCAACGCACGACGCACGCCGCACUGGCGAUCGUGGAUUUUCUGCGGGAGGCCAAGCCCGACGAGGACACCGUUUAUCAGCUUGUCUGUCUCGGUCCGCUGACGAACGUGGCGCUGGCGAUGCGCAUUGCCCCAGAGGUCUUUGACGUGCUGGGCAGCGAGACGGAGCCCGCCAUCACGAUUAUGGGUGGUGCCAGCGAGGCGAAGGGCAAUUCGAACAUGACGGCGGAGUUUAACGUCCACUGCGACCCCGAGGCGGCCUUUGUGGUGUUCAACCAGCGGCAUAUGCGCCCCGUGCGUCUCGUGACGUGGGAGGUCACGGUGGACUGUCCCAUGACGUGGAUCUUCUACGACGGGUGGGUGGGUCGCCAGCCAGACGGGGGGAAGGAGCAAAACAAAAUUCAAGUCUUUAUCGAAAAAGUCUUUCAGCGAUUGGAGGCGUUUACGCGACCGCACGCAGACGGCACGAAGGCGGACACCGGUGACGCCGAGGCGACUCAAGAUUACACCUGUGUUAUCCCGGAUGCCGUGGCGAUGGUCACUGCUCUGCACCCUGAUAGCGUGAAGGACCGCUUUGUCACCUACUGCUGCGUGGAGAUGCACGGCUCCAACACACGUGGGCAGACCUGCCUGGACUGGUACGGCACGGAGCAAUCCAUGGCCAAGCGCGGGCGCUGGCGCAACUGCGAGCUCAUCACCGGCGUCGACAACACGAAGUUUCUGGACGUGAUGAAGGACAUCAUCGCAUAUAAACCUAAAUGA